ACCACGGUUCUUUGAAGCACGUUAGAGCUAAUCGUGGAUCUGCAACGUGUGUUUCAACGAACCUAGCUAGCUAUUGCGGACAUUUCAGUUAUUAACGUUCGAUCCAAGUUGUUAAUUUUUCGAUUUUUGGUUCAAUUGCGUGAGUUUUUUGUGAAAAAUUAUUGAGAGAAAAUCAGUGGCAAUCAUGAGAUUCAUGGGAAGAUGGACACAUUUGGCCGUUACUGUGCUUGCGAGCUCAGUCAUUGUGCCUUGUUACGCUGAACCACCAGUCAGUUACUUGCCACCAUCUACAAGCUAUGGAACUCCAAAUCUAGGAGGUGCUGGUAGUUUUGGGGGUGGCGGUGGGGGUGGAUUUGGUGGAGGGGCUCCAUCUUCUUCGUACGGUCCUCCGUCCCAAUCUUACGGAGCUCCUUCAGCAGGAGGUAGCUUUGGAGGGGGUCGUCCAUCCUCUGCUUAUGGAGCUCCUAGCUCUGGAGGAUACUCAGGUGGAUCCGGAGGAGGUAGCUACUCAGUACCAUCUUCGAACUAUGGUGCUCCCUCGGCAGGAGGAUUCGGAGGUAGUUUCGGCGGUGGAGGCGCUCCAUCCUCCAGCUAUGGUGCCCCCUCUAGGCCAUCUCCCAGCUAUGGGGCUCCCUCAUCCAGCGGAUUCGGAGGUGGUUUUGGUGGUGGGCCAUCCAGACCGUCGUCUAGCUAUGGUGCUCCCUCGUCCGGUGGAUUCAGUGGUGGCUUUGGCGGUGGCGCAUCAAGGCCCUCGUCCAACUACGGCGCCCCCUCAUCCGGCGGAUUUGGUGGCUUCGGUGGAGGUACCUCUAGGCCCUCUUCCACCUACGGUGCUCCCUCAUCCAGUGGAUCGGGAGGUUUCGGCGGUGGUUUUGGUGGCGGUGCCUCAAGACCCUCCUCCAGCUACGGAGUUCCUUCAUCUGGUGGAUACAGUGGAUCUUCAGGGGGAUUCGGAGGUGGCGCACCAUCGCAAAGCUAUGGUACUCCAUCUAGACCAUCCCAGAGCUACGGAGCUCCGUCAUCAGGUGGAUUUGGUGGUGGCUAUAAUGGCGGAAGCAGCAGUGGGUUUGGCGGAUCCUCAGGAGGCUCGUAUAAUGUUCCAUCCUCAUCUUACGGUGCUCCAUCGAGUGGUGGUGGACAAAGCUAUGCCGGUAAUGGUGGUUAUCAGUACUAAUAUCCCGGAACGAUUGUGUAGCGAAGCGAGCGAUACUGCCCUCCACCUCUCUUCACUCGAUAUUCACACGAAAAAGCACGUGGUCGCAUGUUUUACAAUAUUUUUUUACUUUAUUGUCUCAUCCCUUCGCUGAGAUC